AUGAAUUCUGAUCAAUUCGAUCAACACAUUCCCGAACCAUCUUCAUCAUUAACACAAGCAUCAACUUCAUCAGCGUCGUCACCAUUGUCGUCCGUUGAUCUUCGUGUUUCUUCAUCUGCAUCGUCGUCGAAUGAAAAUUAUACUCGUGAAAAGAUUCAGCGCCAUUUGAAGUUUGAUAAAGCUCAAUAUGUGAUUCUCGACAAUUUAAAUAGCAAAAACUCGGCUAUAUGCUGGCGUUCAUUUGGUUUUCCAGCUGUACUUGAUAGCAAUGGUGUUCCUAAAAAGAUUCCAAACUUCGUUUCAUGCAAAAAAUGUUUCGCUACUUAUUCGUAUGCCUCGAACAGCACAACUUUUCUCAACAAGCAUAGUUGUUUAUCUUCUGAUCAAAAAACCAAAUCCACUUGGUCAUCGUCUCGUGACACAUCAUCUUCUCAAAGUUUAAUUACCAAUUAUAGUCAACCGAAAACUGUUCGUUUACCCGAUUCUUAUUCGAAAGAUAUGAAAGAUCUAGUUGUUCGAUGGAUAUGCAAGGACAUGCGUCCUUUUGCUAUUGUUGAUGAUGAUGGUUUUCGGAAUAUUGCACAACGUUGUGUAUCUAUCGGCGCUCAAUAUGGAAAUAUUAAUGUUAAUGAAAUUCUUCGUUCAUCUGGAACAAUCUCUUCACAUAUACAUGAAUUAGCUGAUGUGGAACGUGCACGACUGAAGAAGUUGUUAUCUUCAGCAAUUAAAAAUCGUUCCCUUUGCUUAUGUCCAGACCUAUGGACUGACAACAAUCAACAGUGUUCCUACUUAGGUAUUUCAGCUUCGUUUGUUGAUGAUGAUCAUCAAUUACAUAACAUUGAUUUAUGUUGCCACCCAUUUCCCAAUGUGAAGAAAACAGCUGAAAAUAUUAUUAUUGAAUUGGAAAAGGCACUGAGCCGAUUCGAAAUUGUCGAUCUUGCUGAUGUAACGUUUGUUUCUGAUCGAGGUGCUAACUUCCUUAAAGCAUUGAAACGUUUUCAAGCUUAUUCGUGUGCCGCUCACCGAUUGAAUAAUAUAGUGAAAAAGUGUUUUUUCGUUCAAGAAAAAAACAAAAAUCAAGAAGAUGUUAUGGAAAACGUUUUUGAUGGUGCUAAUACUGAACUUGAAGAAGACAUUGAAGAUCUUAUCGAUGUAACUACAUUGACUGACAUUCCAAGAAAAGCUCUACACGUUCUUCAGAACAUAAUCGAAUGCAAGAAAUUGGUCACAUACGUGAAAAAAUCUGGACUGAAUCAAGCUAUAAAAGAUCAUGGUGGUGUGAGCCUUAAACAAUCGAUUAAUGUUCGUUGGCUUUCUUUUAUUAGUCUACUCGAAUCUAUUGAUCGGUCAUUUUCUGCAAUUAGAAGAGUUUUAGUGGACAAGAGAAAAACUUUUGCAAUUGAGCGUGAAGUUGUACAAGGUCUGAUUCGACUUCUAUUACCAUUCAAAGAGUUACUCAUUAAAUUUCAAACCUCAAAAGUGCCUUCUAUUCAUUUUGUUCUUAUCGGCAUUGGCACUCUUCGUACAACUCUUUCUUCAUUUGAUGAUCUUUUGGAAUAUGAGAAGAAAAACAAAACACGUUUUCAAGAAAAACAAUUAGAUUCAUUGGAUUCGGAUUCCUCGAAAUUAAUUCACGAAGACGAUGGUCUUCGAUUCUUUCGUCUUCGCUUGUUACAUUUAAUUGAAGAAAUGUUCUCACUUGAACCUAUUCAUUAUGCUUCAAACAUGCUUCACCCAAAAUACCGACAUUUGAAAAAGGCUACUAGUUAUGAUAAAAAUACUUGUAAAUCGUUUAUUCGUCAGAUAAUGAAACAAGUCCUCGAACAAGAACGAUCUACGUCGUCUAUUUCGUCACACUCAUCAACAAAUCAUGAUGGCGAACCAUGCUCGAAAAAACCGAAAUAUUUUGGUGAAGAAUAUGAAACGGGUAAUGUUAGUGAUGAGUAUGAUACGGACGAUGAUGAGUUAGAACGUUAUCUAUGUAAACGUCUUGAUGUGACAAAUCUACCCGAUAAUCCACUUCAGUUUUGGAAGGAUCAUAGAAUGGAAUUUCCAGUAUUAGCUAAAGUAGCUCGUCAAAUAUUUUGUGUACCAGCAGCGUCUGCGUGUGUCGAAAGAUCGUUCAGUGCAGCUGGAAAUAUUAUCGCAAAACGUCGAACAAAUAUGAAACCUGACCAGCUAAACAAUGUUCUUUUUCUACGAUCUUGUUAUUCAUUUCAAUGA